AUGACCUACGGAACCGGGACGCGGUCCUUCACUGUUGGCCGUAUGAGGAAGCUCAAAGUCGCUCAGCGAGCUAUGGAGCGGGCUAUGCCCGGUAUUUCUCUGCGUGAUAGAGUUCCUAACCAAGACAUCCGCAGAAGAAACAAGGUAACCGACAUAGCGCAGAAGAUUAGCAAGCGGAAGUGGCGAUGGGCCGGCCAUAUAUCUCGUAGAACCGAUAACCGUUGGGAAAGAAGGGUUCUUGAGGUGGCAGCCUCGUACUGGGCAUCGCGGUGCAAGACGAUCCCGCAC